AUGGCUCUCGGCACUCCAUGCACGCCUAAGUUUCCUCACAAAACAGUCGGACCCACCACACCGCAACGCACCAACCGGCUCAUUACUCAUUUUCCGAAAGCUACUAAUGAUAUCUGUCAGACGCCGCCAAAGUAUCAUGUAGAGUCGACCUUCGAUGCACCUCUCCGCCAGAAUGGAUCACAGCGCGCUUCUUGUCGCCAACUGUAUUCUCAAACAAACGCGAAUGAUUCUCCAACCGCAAAAAGAUCUCACACCCAAGUUAUCAACACAGGGAGUCAGCCGGUCACUAAUCGAUUCAACAACAAUGUCUUCGCCUUCCUCGAUAAUUUCAAAUCAACUGUGGGCUUGGUGUGUCGAGAUUCGAACAAGGAAAAUAACUUCAAAUUUCAUUCACCCAAAUUGCCGAAAACAAAUAUGUCGUCAGCUGUAAAUGGCAAAGGAACCAGUGUCUUUGCAGUUUUUCACGAGUCGGAGCCGAUGGAUAUUGAAUUCAACGAAAACUAUCGGAACUAUAUGAACGAUUCAAUGGAAAUCGACAACGAUGACGACAUUUCCACAAUGGAAGUUGAUUCGAUUGUCGACAUGGAGAGUUUUAUGGAAUAUAUUCCUAUGCAUUGA